AUGUCCGCUCGAUACGGUCCUAGUCGAUUGAUUGUUGGUUAUUCAUGCGCGUGUACAGUGAAUAACAAUGAUUUAUGGGGAGACCACAACAGCGCAAUGAUUCAUGGGAAGACCACAACGGCUCAUCAUAAUAUUGUCAUGUGUUCCGAAGAAGAAGCGAAAUCCAUCAUAAAACCGAUUUUCGAGAAAUACUGCACAGCCGUUGAUAAUCAGCAAUGGGAUGAGAUAGCCCAAUUCUACGACUUGAACACCGUUGUCGUCCAGACAGGAAAGAAAUGCAUCUAUGGAAGAGAAGCAGUCAAAAAGGAGUUUCUGGAGUUCGAAAUGCUUAUGGGAAAAACAACGAUUGAGGUUUCCGGAGAAACAUACAAAAUGACACCUGGGUUCAUUUUCCUCAACGCCGACUAUGAGACCAACACAGAAAAGAUGGGGGUGGUACGAGGGAAUUUGCUGCAGAUAUGGAAAAAGUCGGACAACACCUACGUCAUUUAUCACGAGGAAUUCAGUGUGGAAUGA